CUUCGACAAUGGAAAGUGAAGUGAACAAGUGGGACCCACCAAACCCAUUCGAGACCAGUCAGGCACUGAAGGGCGGAGAUGUAACACACAAAAAUGAAAAAGGAUAUUUAGAAGACAUAUCGAAGAAAAAAUUAUUCAAGGCUGAAAUCAUCCGAAGUUGGAAGACAACUCGUGAGUUCCUGAUGCCGCAGUUAGGAGGGGAGAGGAGCAGAGUCGAGAUUAUGAUCUGGCUGCUAGUUUACUCGGGAUUGGCUUACUCCAUGGCCAGACAGAGCAUACAACUGUACCAAGAAUACCAGACUCAGCAGCCGUAUGUGGUGGUGAGCAUGGACUCUCAAUACCCCACGCAGUUCCCUUCCAUCUCAGUCUGCAACAAGAAUGUCAUAUCCGCUUUCAACGCAGUCAAAUACGCAGAGCUCAACUCACUCUACGGAGUCGAACAGAACCUGGCCUCCCGAGUAGCCAGUGGCGUGAACGCUCUGCGAUCCAGGGGUGAUUUUGAAGCAGGUUUCGCCCUCGAGAACCUGUGUAUCUCCCUCGUUUGCCCCAUACAGAACAGUUCGUGGGAGGAUGAGUCUCAUUUGUGCAUUCCGAACGAGUGGCUGUGCGAUGGGUUCAAUGAUUGUCUCCUAGAUUCCGAAGCAGGAACUUCUUGGGACGAGACAGAGUACAUGUGUGCUGUGAGGGAGGCCGCAAAUUUUUCACAGGUGUUCAACAUGUCCAGACCUCUUUCUCUAGAGUGUGCUCUUGGUUUCAUUGCAUGCACUGAGUACACGUGUGUGCCCAUAUGCGACUACCGGCACAAACCAGAAUGUGUCUACGGAGACAUCCCAGAGAGUCUCAUGAGUGCAAUUAAUUGUUCAAACUGGAGCAAAGAAGAUCUCUACACGCGAAGAAGUCAACAAGACUGGAUCUUCGAUCUGGUUCGGGGCAGAGUUGAAAAAUCAGCGAUUGAGAGACUCCGUAGACAGAGACGACAAGUGACAAAAGGAGUAGAAGACCCUAAUUGGGCAAGCUUGGGAAAUCAGGACUGGAGAAAGAUCUACAUGGACACUCUCGAGGGAAACAUGACCAUGGACAAGAUACCAACAGGUAACAGGUACUCUGGUAGGUAUGAGCUGGGGCCAGAUGUCCACUCUAGGCCUGAACUUGGAGGAGUUCGUGGUGGAGUGCAUGUACAACACAGACUACUGCAACCGAUCGAACUUCCUCGAAAGCACCAGUGCCACAUACGGGAGGAGAGUAGCAAAAAUUAAUUAUAUUCUAUCGAUUAUUAAAAAAGUAUGAAUAAUGACUACAGGAAAAACAGCAAAAAAUCAACACAGC